AUGUCGACGAAUGUAACUAUUCUCAUUGCAUCCAUACAAAAUGCAUCAACCCAAAUAAAUCGGUACUUCUCAAUUGUUAUCUUCGUUUUCGGUGUCGUUGGUAAUGUGCUCAACUGCAUUGUUUUAUUUCAACAAAAGCUUCGCACAAAUUCUUGUGCGUUCCUACUUUUAAUUUCAUCAAUAUCCAGUCUUAUCUCUAUUCUAUCCGGUUUAACCACUCGUAUGUUAUCUGGUUAUGCCGUAGAUCUAACAAAUACAAUCGAUUGGUUAUGUGAGCUGCGUGCAUUCGUUCUAUUUGCUUCACGAACCGUGGCAUCUUGGCUAUUAGCAUUUGCCAGUGUUGAUCGAUGGCUUUCAUCUUCAAUUAAUCAUGUCUAUCGGCGAAAAAGUUCUUUAACGAAUUCUUAUCGCUUGACUUGUCUUAUAACAGCGUUUUCAGUUCUUUUGUACGCCCAGGUAUUCUAUUGUUACAAAGCAAAUUUACUCACUACACCAUUGAAAUGUUAUGGAAAAACCACCAUAUGUCGUAUAUCAACGGAUUUAUCCUAUGCAAUCAUUACAAUUAUGGUACCAAUUAUCGGAAUGAUCACGUUUGGAUUGAAAACCGUCUCCAAUGUUAGAAAUUCUUACCGUCGUGUGAUGGUUGGACCAGCAACCGAUACAGUAAUAGAAACAAUGAGAACCGUCACUGGUUCACAGCAAGGAUGGAAAAGAUCUGAUUUUCAUUUACUAGUGAUGCUUCUAGUGCAAAUUGUCUUGUACAGCUUUUUCACACUGCCACAAGCCGUUCAGAAAAUCUAUUCAACAUUUACCGAAGAGCAAACUAAACCAGCUCUACAAAGCGCCGUUGAAAACCUCGUUUUCAAUCUUCUGUUACUUUUAACUUACUUUUCCAGCGCAAUGCUAUUCUAUAUCAACAUAUUAUGUGGUGGAAAAAUAUUCCGUCGAACAUUUGUCGAUGUCGUCAAAAGACUUUGGAAAAUUUAG